AUGAUGAUGAUAUCCAAGUGCCAUGUAGCCUGCAACAUUUAUCUUUCUGCAGGACUUCCAAUAUAUCGCAACGUUUUGGAGCGAUUGCUAGUCGACGCACAGCAACAACAACCAAAAUUGCAGCACGGCCUGGUGAUCCAUGCCUUUGCCGAUACCCAGUACGAUCGAACUUCCUUUCAUUUGGCAGGAUCCCCUUGGGCCAUUGUAAGUUUGGCUACAAGCAUCACCAGUAAUGCCAUGCAAGUCUUGGCUCCUUUGAAACUACAACGAGAGCAGCAGUCAUCCGACACAAGUACAAGUUCUCCCAAACGACAACAACAACAACAACAACAACAACAACAAUACCUGGAACAUCCAACUGUGGGCAUUGUCGAUCAUAUUUCCAUUCUGCCAAUAGGCGAUACUUGUGAAAAAGUGACACGGGAUGAUUGGCUAGAAUAUUACAAUAAAAGCGCUGAACAUAGAGAGAAGAACAAUACGAGCUUGUUGCCAAAGUCGGAUGAAUUAUUAUCAGUGUCAUUGCCAACGACCACCGUGCCUUCGGGAUGGGUCGCCUGGACAAUUGGUUGGAAUCUACUGCACCGAGAGAAUAUGCCAGUUGAUGUAUUGUACUAUGGCCAUGCCCAUCCUACGGAAAAGCCAUUGGCUGAAGUUCGUCGGGAAAAGACCAACUUUUUUCGUUCCCCACCAGCAACAGCAAGUAGUAAUGAUGAUAUUGGCAAUAGCAGCAGCGACGGUGGUAACGACGCCACUGGUCAAACCCCUAAAGCACCAACAAUGUCACCACCCAUCCCACCAUCCAUGGGACAAUGCACUAUUGGUGCCCCUCCUCAUUUUGUCGAAAAUUACAACCUUCGCUUGACGACCAAAUGCUCCAAGACAUUGGCCCGAUCCCUCACCAGGGCUGUCCGCGAAAAAGAUGGUGGCUUGCCCUCUGUGGAAGCACUGACAUUGCCAUAUGGAAGUCAAGAUCGGUUUGAAGUGGCGUGCAACCUGCUGAAUCCAAAGGACUCGACAUCCUCCCAAGAUGUUGAUGUGCAAGUGGCUCGAUUUUGGAAGGAGCAGAACCUCGAUCCCAAAGAAUAUUUGGAAGUUGCCUAUCGCGUGGGAACCACGGAACAACAGUGUUUACAAGUUUUACUAGAAAAUUGUCAGUCCAGGGAAGAGCUAGAAAGACAUGAUGAGAGUGUCCGAGUUCGAUUUCUGGCUUGUUUUCAGUCGGAUGAUGAUUCAUGA